AUGCAGGAUAUGCCUCUGCGAGGCAAGAAGUCAGAAGGCGGUGUGUUCCAGGACUUGCUCAAAUUUCGCGUUGAUGCGGGCGACCAUAUCCUGGAAACUCAACUCAAAAACUACGCCAAGAACGCAAGGUACACCUCAGUGAGCACCCAGAAUGAGCUCAUAAAAAUCAGCGAAGAACUUUUGUGGGCGGAUAAUGUAGGAGCGUGUAACGAUUCAGGACUGUACUCGAUACUGGCAGAUGAGUCAGCAGACGAUUCGGGAACGGAACAAUUCACGCGGGGCAUUCGCUUCGUUGACAUGCAAAGCGAAAUUGUACGAGAGGAAUUUGUAGGCAUGGUUUCCCUCGGAGAAAUAAACGCAGAGGCAAUUUCUACCGCCAUUCUCCAAACUCUCGAGGAGUUAGGACUGAACCUAAAAAACCUUGUGGGCCAGGGAUAUGACGUUUGCUCUUCAAUGUCAGGAUGCAUAUCCGGUCUACAGGCUAGGAUCAGGAAAAAGCAGCCGCGAGCCUUGUACUUCCACUACGCCUCGCACCGCCUAAACUUGCUUGUGAACAAGGCCAACUUGGUGCCAGAGGUGAGAAAUGCGGUGGCCCCUGUCAAAGCGGCAAUCAAGUUCUUCAGAGAAAGCCCCCUCAGAAGAAAGCAUGCAUCCGCGCUUCCUCUACUUUGUGACACUCGGUAG